CACUGUACUUUUCAGGGUUUUUUUUUUAUAAAAGUAACUAAAAGCAGCUAAGAUCAUUGAAUAGAGUUGUGAGUCAUUAUACUGUAUAUAAAAUGCUUAUAAAUUCUACUUUAUUCAUAAGUUCAUUCACUGUCAUCAGUUUCUCUAUUUAACCCCUUCCACUGGUGUUCAGUCUCAGCCAAUAAGAUUCAUCCAUCCGAAUCCUUUGGAAAUCCAGUUCCUUGUUUUGGGAUGGCAGCAUGCCCGGACACACACACAUAUACACACACACACACACACACACACACACACGCACACACAUAUACAUACACAUGCCGGGCUGGUCAGUGAGAAGAGAGCGAGACACUAAAUGCUCUUUAUUCAGUCUCGAGCGCAUCUCGGAGCUGACAGACCUGCAGAGUGUGUGCGGACAGUCAGUCACUGAGCGCUGAGAGCUCCAGCUUAACUUCACUCCACUGGCUGUUUCCUGCGCUGCAGACACUGUGGACUCUCCGGACUCUAUAACCUGCUACUUUUAUUUGACUUUUCUGAGCUGCACCGGGCUUUUCACACAGGCUCUGGUGUUUUCCUGGUGAUGACCUCAUUGCUGUUUCCUGGCAACGCCCACGCUGCGAUGAAGGACCUCUCUUCCUCCUCCUCUCCUCUCAGCUCCCUGCUCCACUACCCGUCCUCCAAAACCUCCGUUGUGCCGUUCUCCCCGUCCGCCAGCGCCGCCUCCUCGCCCGGGUCAUCGAUAACAUCAGCUCCGCUCUCCAAACCUCAGCCCUUCUGCCUCCAGACAGGGCCGCACCUCAUUGCCAGCAUGCAGCUGCAGAAGCUCAACUCGCACUACCAGAACCUUGCCGGUGCUUCUGCCGGACACCCAGCACCUGGUGGCACUCAAAGGGGUUUUGGUGCUUCUCCUCUGGGCACGGGAAACCAGCUUCUGGGGCCGACUGGAGGCCUUGCUGGAGGUGGGAUGGGUGUGGGGAUCAGCAUGGGGAACCAAAGCUCUGGUGCAGGUGGAAUUAUCGACUUUGACCCCGUGGACGAGGAGGUUCUCAUGUCACUGGUGGUGGAGCUCGGUUUGGACCGAGCCAAUGAGCUGCCCGAGCUUUGGCUGGGUCAGAACGAGUUUGACUUUAUGUCAGAUGUGCCGGCCGGAUGCUGACCUACGGGAAGAAGAACUAUCAAGAUGCAGCGGAAUUGAUAGACAAAGAGAGAGAAAACUUUCUCUCCUCUGUUUUGUUGUUCUUUCCUCCCUUUCUUGAUUGAUAAAAUGAGGAAACUGAAGAGACACUGAGUGCUAAAGAAAAAGAUAUUAGAGGCAUACUUUUGUUUCUAUUUUACUCUCAUAUUCCAUGUGCAGAGAGAUGGAUAAAAGAAAAAGUCAGCUUACUUUUUUGUUGUUGUUUUUUAAUGCAUAAAGAGAGCAAAAUGUUUUAUGUUCCGUUCGAUCAGUACAUUUUUCUUUUCUAGGAUGAAACUGGUGGUUGAAACCAACCUAACGGGAUUAAGAACUUUUAUUUUUCCUUUCAUUAAAAGCAUGAGCAGAACAGAAACAAGGACUCUUUCUGCCAUCCCUCCAUCAUGCUGGCUUAUUGAAAACAAGGUGAUUGACGGGUGAUGGGAGACGUUUCUAACCUUCUAACAAAGCAGUAAAACGAUCAACACACCUGUUGGACUUUCUCAGUGCUCUUUUCUCCCGAUCAACGUAAGGAAAAUGAAAAUGGGAAUCAUGACGUUAUGGGAGAUUUGUAAAGGAUGACAAACACUAUGUUUCCUGUUUUCUUAUGGACAAUAUUAGACUCUGGUCUCAUGGGAAAGAGACUCCUGUCUCUUGGCUUCACAAAGAAAGUGAUUGUCUGAAACUGGUUAUCUCAAUGUACUUUUCUUUCUGUCCUUUUUUUCUUUGAAUUAAGUUCAACCAGUCGUAUUCACGGAACAUGUUAUUUAAGACAGUGGCUGAUAUCCAUCAGGACUUUUGGACAAGGAGCGCUUCUGUAACCGGUUCUACUUUUCUGAGCAUAAUGAAUUAGAUCAAGGGAUGUGGAAUCUUUCGGAGCAUGGGACCUGAAUGGAGUAAAUUGUUUCUUGCUCUGGAGCGCAGCCUCAUUAAAAUGAUCGAGGCCUUUUUGGUGGUCAUGUGAGUCGCCACUACAUGUACGUGUUUUGUUUUCUGGCCUACAGUGUAAGAAACUCUGACCCCGGUGGUGUCAAUGAUCCUGAAUAGCACUUCCUCCUACAUGGAGGAUACAAGGUCUGUGUGGACACAACCCGAAUGAACAAAUACAUUCAUGUGCCCUUUGCUUUCUUUGUUUUUGCUGUUUCACCACUUUGAUGUUUGUGUCAAAACCGUUUGUUCAGCUCCAACAGACCUUAUUAUCAAGAAGCGUCUCUGUCCCUGAUAAGGAAGCAUUGUCUGUUUAGCCAUCAGGCUCAGAGGCUGCUGUUUGCACACUUUGCGGGGCAGCCUUUGAGCUGAACAUGCUCUGUGGUCCAGACUGGUCUCACUCCAACUUAUCAGAUACUGAGGCUUGGUCAGUGGCCCCUGGCAGCAGAUACAGAGGCACCCUUGGUGGUGGUAUGACAUGCGCCGGGCAGAAGCAGUUUAUAAGGAGCAAGAAAGUCCACAUAGGUUGAGUGGGAGGUGAGGUGGAUGGGUCAAACAAACUUUGGACUUUGACCCGAGAGCUGCUUGUGUCCCGUGUGAAACCAAAAGUCAGUCGAGUUAUUUUAAUAACAAUGUAGUGUGCUAGUAUGUGUAGCAUGCCCCGUAAGUGAUGUCACAUUAUAUAUGUAUGACAUACGUUAUGUGAUGUUACAUUACAUACAGUAACAACUUAUUUCAAGCCAAACCAUUAUGUUUUCUUCUAAACCUAACCAAAUACUUCUGUUGCCUAAAUCUACAAAGGUAAACCUAAAAGGGGAAGUGUGUUUAACUAUGUUGUAAGUUUAUUUUGUAAAACACUAUGCAUUUAUCAAGCAGAAACUGUACAUUUCCUGUGAAAAUGGAAGUGUAAAUUGACAUGCUGUUCCCAAACACCCAAAACGGACGCUGGAGAGGCACCUAGCAUCAUUUUUUAACAUGUAGGGCUCCUGACCAAACGUUGGUAUUUGAUGAGCUGGGAGGGGAACAUGUUGGCCGUGCAGGCUUUGGGAAGGUUGGAGUUGGACCAAAGUAAACUAAACCUUUCAUAAGCUACUACAGCUUAUGGCAGGUGUGGCACAUUUUAUUAUCAUUAACUACCAGCUUCUUACUGAUUCACUGCCUCUUGAAGACAGAGACAAUAUGGAAAACAUCUUCAUGAGCUAGCUGUGUGCCCUCUGGCAGCCAUAUUGGAGGUCCUCGUGCUCUUUGGCUUAAGUUCAACAGUUAUUUGUUCAACUUCUCCAACUGACCACAAUCAAAAGAGUUGUUUUGGUUUGGCGAGCUAGCCAACAGUCACUAUCUGCUAGACAUUUGACUCUGGUUAGGCCUACUUGUAGAGAGUUAGCAUUAGCUAUGGGUAGCAUCCUGGAAAAACUAUGUAAGAGUAUUACUUUUUUUUUUUUUUUUUUGAUUUUUCGAAAUUCAGUUUACCUGCUCUCCUUUUUUCCCCCUUAUGCCUGACCCUAAUACUCUUUCGUACAAAGCCCCUACAAUUUUUUUUAAAUGUUAACACGUGAAAUUUACAAUAUCGCUUUAAAACAGUAGUUUGACUAAACAAUACUAACUGAAGGUCCAUUUACAACUUUUUCCAGAGCUCUCAACUGUGUCAUUUAAAUAAACUUUUAAGCUAACGCGGACGAAUAGUUCUAAAAGUGUUCUGUUUACGGGUGUCAUGAUAUAGGUAUUGACGAUAACAGUGAUAUUUAAAAAUCAAGUCCUGAUAUCAUUUUAAUGAUACAUGAUACAUGAUAUGAUAUAUAUGAUGAUAUAUAUUGUAUACGUAUUCCAGCACCUUAUGUCCUCGCGUUGUCUUCCUCCCCAAACGCCAUCUGGUUGCCUUUUCACUACCUAUUAAGUGUAAUUGCUCGUCCUGUACGAUUUUGUACAGAUAUAGUUACAGACUCUCUCCCCACCUCCUUACACUCAUAUUCUGAGUUGAACUCAUUUGCCAAAAAAGAGGCAAAAUGUACAAUAAACAAAUUUAAAAAUAAAUCUGACUGAUUUUGACCGCAUUUUCCCCAAAAAAUGUUUUUUUAUCAUUAACUCUUUAGGAUUUGAGGACAUUAGGGGCAUAGCCCAGACCUCUUACAGGGGGUCCGGGGAUCCUCUCCUGCUCUUUUAUACACUCUGAUACUUGAUAUACAUUUAAAGUAGAAAACCUGUUUAUUUUUCUAAAUUAGAAAAUGGUCGGGGGGGCCACCUGGCACCCUAUCUGGCCCACAGGCUGUAAGUUGAGUAUCACUAUUAUAUCAUAAGCGCUACUGAGCUCACAUAACAAAUCCAUCUCAGUGACAACUGAGCAAACUCCCAUCUUCUCCUGAAGACCAUUUGACACUGUUGAGGCUCAGGGUAAAAAACAUUAUUAAGUGGACCCUUGGGUGGGAUUGUUUUGAAUAAGUGUUUUACAUGUGAUAUAUUGUUUUUUUUUUUACAUAAAAGUUACAUGUGGAACAAUUAAACAUGAGAUAAAUGUGAUAAAGUCACACCAGUUUUUAUUCUUAUAAGGGAAUUAACAAUCCCCAAAAUCAGUCAAUAUUUUCGAAACCAUCUUCUUGUUGCUGAUACACCCCAAUGUUACAUUUCUUAUUAGCAUACCCUCUGUUGGACCUCCAUGAUGCUGCCAGAUGCUCUUUAAGUUUACAGAGUCAAUUCUUCAUCUACCAGGUGUUGUUUCUUGCCGCUGCAGACUUUAAUGGUUAAAAAAAAAUCCCCAGGGUUUAAACUGACACCCCUCCACCCCCUUGCCCACCUAUAGGAACUGUACUGUGCUGUUUUCCCCGCUGUAGAUGGAUGCAAGUUAGCACGGGGGCUCUGACCUAUAUAUCUGUUGUGGUAAGAAGAGACGGGGGCUUGAACUGUGCGGUGGGAACAAAGGCCUUUCACCUCAGCCUGGUGUGUCUGUCAUCUGGCCAUUGUGGGUCUCCUCCUGGACCACACACACAUGAAAUAACACACCUGUACAUAUGCGUACAUGCACACAACUCACUGAAACCAAACUAUGUGCAGGAGUACAAAGACACAGAAAUAAACCACAUGCACACACAGGAGCAUGGGGAUGGUGUUACAGCAGGGAAACGGGAGUAGCAGCCAUGAAACAGGCACUUGUUCAGUUACACACAGACUUCACAGGGUAUUGGGGUUGUUGGUGUGUGUGUGAAAAGAGAUAGUGAUGUUAGGGGAAACUAUGAGCAGUGGGUAAUCCGUCCACAUGAAGACCACUGGUGGAGGAAAAAACACGCAGGGCAGUGUUAAUUUAUUUAGAUAUAGAAGGAUCAGCUUACACACACUCAGCUCCUCAGCACAAUUUUCCCUGCACACAUACACACGCUGCCUAAUACCAGUUUUUGAUGUCGAUUAGGGUCUCGGUUACAGCCAGUGGACUUCCUUUUCUUUCUUUAAUGAAACACGAGAAGCGGUGAUUAAUGAAAACCCGAUGAUGGACUAAUUUGACAGAGGGAUUUGCAGGAUAUUUCCCUCGUAACAACCACUUUAUUGAAAGAUGUAAAGACGCUUCUAAUCACAACGAAAUCCAAAAGACAGACACGCUGAUUCUCUCUUCCUCUGUCUCGUCGCCUAAGUGGGUCAAAAUAACAUUCUUGAAAUGGAAGAGUCUUGUGUUUGUUUCCAUCUGCUUGACGAAGUCCUUUUGUGUGUGUGUGUGUGUGUGUUUUGUGUGUGUUGUGCUGUGGUCCGGCCUUGAUCCCAGCUGAGUGAAUGUUAUUUUUGCUGUGUGAAGCAGAGGGACGUCCCGCCCCCUCUUCUCCUCCCCUGAGAAGUUGCCUGGUUGAGAUGUUUGAAUUGUCUGAGGGCUUUCAUUUCCUCUUCUCCAUGAUGCCAUCAUAUUGCAGAUUAACCCCGGCAGAGACCUUUUGAACCACAAUAUACCUCAUAGCUGUUUGGUGUCUAAUGAUUCGUCACUACGGUUUCAGUUUGCUUGGAUACCACAUGGGUUUACGUUAGCAACUAAUUACUGCAAAAUCAUCACACUAUUUGAAAUUGGACCUUUAUCUAAUGGACAACACUGUCUGGCUCAAAUGCUAACCUUACUACAGACCUUGUUUUGUUCAAUACCAUACGUUCAUAGACUGACUUCUUUCUUCGGUUAAUCCAUAGGCUUCAAUGUGCUCCAGUACUCCCAUCAUGCAGAAUCAUAGUCUUGUUUUCUUCGAGUACUAAUUCAGUUGUGCGAUGGGACUGUUUGAUUGGUUGACGGAAAAUUAAUUACCAACACGUUUCAUAGAUAAAUUAUUUUUGUUUCAAGAAAAAAAGCCUCUCAAAUGAUUGCGGGGCAGACUAUUUCUUGGCUCAAAGCAGUUGCCAGGUAACCAGCGGUGACUUCAGGAAGUUUCUGCUCCUGCUUUCACAAUUAAUGAUUGAAAAGACUUCAUUAUCCAGAUUGACAGUAGUUUUUGGAUGCUGAGAUUUUUCCUGAGCUCUGUUUUAAACCUCCACCGCCCCAACGACAAAUGAAAUGGAUUUACAGUUUCCAUGUGACAGUCAGUGAUUUACUGCACGCUGGGCCGUUGCCUCUGGGCCUCAGGGUCAUGAAAAAUGUUCCAACACAUCAAGUCCUGUGAAAACCUUGGACAUAAGGAGUGAUAUAUCUGCUAAAAGCCGGCUGUUACAAGGUUCCCUCUCCACGGUAAUGAAAGCCACUGAUCUGCUGCCAGGUCUGCUUGUGUGUGAAACUGAAGUAGACUUUGCACUGAUUUACUCCUUUUAUUCAUCAUAUUUUACUUUUAAACCUGUAAAGUCUUCAAUUUUUUUUUGCUGGUUUCACAUGCAGUUACUUUCCUUGAUUUGUUUUUUCUAAUGAUGAAAUGAAUAUUAUUCAAAGAUGAUUUUUAAAGCACUUUUGCUCACCGGCUCUCACUUGUACAUCUAUAUGAAUAUGUAAAUGACUGAGAUCAUAUUAAAAAAAAAAAUGCUUGUAUUUUUGUUACGGCUCUGAGUUUUGGUGGAGAAAUAAAGAAAGUGAAAACCA